AUGGCUCAGCGCACCGCAACACCCAUCCAGCAGGCUCUACGUAGUAUCCUGCUGGCCGAUAUGGCAAUGAGCAAGGCGAAGGGAGCAGAUGAGUGGAUGGAGGCAUAUACCGAUUGGCAUGAGGCUAAUCAGUGGAGGCAGGAGAUUGCCUCUGGGAAGAAGGCGGAGAAGAAGCUUUGGGAGCGGAAGCGAAUGCGCGCUGAAGAUUUCUUUCACCUCGACACUUACGAAUCAGAGCCGAAACCGCGAAAUGAGCGAUUUGCGCUUCAGCAGGAAAAGAAGGAGGUUAUAAAGACACUCCAGGGACAUGUUGCGGCGCGAACUUCUGCCGGCGACAUCGACUUCGGCCCCCUCCCACGAGCGCCGCCCGGUACGGGCAAUAGUACAGAUAGGUCACUCCGAAUGCGAUUGGCCAUGAAAGAAGAACGUCUGGUCAGGGAGAAGAAGACGGAACAGUCUUAA